CCCUUGAGAAAGACCCUUAACCCCCUUAACCCUUGACCCUGCUUUCUCAAAAAAUAUAUGGAUAGAUAUUUACUAAUUACAACAGUGAGUGUGCUAUACACCUGUCAUCCAUGGCAGAUGGCAGAUAUACAGAGGUGCGUCCUGUCACCGAUAAUGCAGAGAAAAUGCAAUUGGCCAAAUUUAUGAUCUACACAACAGAUGUCUCUGGCGCAGGCGACAUGGACGACUGCAGGAACCGCUUGAGCGUGCUUGACAUCAUUUCAAAAUUCGAAAAAAACAGGCCAGAUUUACCCAACAAGCCUGAGAAGCUAACACAAGAAAAUGCAGACAUGGAGAACACCCAGUCCCAGAAAUACCUAGAUCUGACUGAUUUUGGACCAGUAGGGGGUGCCAAAUCUCAAUGGAGAGGGCUGCAGACCUUCAGGAGAAAGGCCACCAGCACUCGGCUGUCUUUAGCAUUAAUCCCACUUACUGAAGUGGAAGGGGAGGACCAGGAAGGGGAGGGUGAGAAAAUGAAAAAACAGGAGACUAACAGAGAGAAGCUCUACAAGAUUGCCAGUGAGCUACUGGAGACAGAGAAGGCCUACGUCAAGCGGCUGCAGCUGCUGGACCAGGGCUUCUUCUUCACACUGCUACAAGAAGCACGCUUGGGUUCCUUCCCUGAGGAUGUGGUUCGGCAGAUCUUCUCCAACAUCUCCUGCAUCCACCAGUUCCAUGGUGGUUUUCUUCUUCCUGAACUGCAAAGACGCAUGGCUGAGUGGGAUGAAAACCCUCGUAUUGGCGAUGUCCUCCAGAAGGUUGCGCCCUUCCUCAAGAUGUAUGGAGAAUAUGUUAAGGCCUUUGACCGUGCUAUGGAGCUCAUCAACACGUGGAGGGAAAAGAGCCCUCGCUUUGAGGAGCUCGUUCUGCAACUUCAGAAACAAGAGGCAAGUGCAAAUCUGACCCUACAGCACCACAUGUUGGAACCUGUCCAGAGAAUCCCUCGCUACGAGAUGUUACUGAAGGAUUACCUGAAGAAACUUCCGGAGAACUCGGCUGACCGGCCAGACGCUCAGAAAGCCCUGGAUAUAAUUUUUGAGGCAGCCAAACACUCCAACGCAGCUAUUGCUGAUAUGGAACGCCUGGAAAAGCUGUGGGAGGUCUAUUCCUUACUCGGAAUGGGAGACGAAAUGGUGGAUCCAUCCAACCGGCUGCUGCGGGAAGGGCCAGUGCUAAAGAUCUCCUUUCGCAACAACAUCGGCAAAGAGAGCCACCUGUUUUUGUUCAACAACAUGCUGCUGUACUGCGUGCCCAGAUUCAGUCUGACAGGAGCCCGGUUCCUGAUCAAGGUUCAGGUGGACAUAGAGGACAUGCAGGUGAAGGAAAUGAAAGAUGCCGAGAUUCCCCACUCCUUUCUGAUCUCUGGAAAAUCUUGCACCCUGGAGAUUCAGGCCAGGUCUCAGGCUGAUAUGGAGGCGUGGAUUAAGGCUUGUGAGAGCGCUAUCGAGCAGAAUGAGAAGAAAUCUGAAAGUUUCAGGAGUGCGGUCAGCUGCCCAAGUCCAGAGGAGCAGCAGGUGGUGGAGCAUCAGGAGCUGGGCAAGCGAGCCCCCCAGUGGAUUCGGGACAACCUGGUGUCUAUGUGCAUGCGCUGCGGGGAAAAGUUCAGUGCUCUGAUUCGCCGGAGGCACCACUGUCGUGCGUGUGGUCAGGUGGUGUGCUGGAGAUGCUCAGACUACAAGGCGGCCCUGCAGUAUGACGGCAACCGGGUGAACCGCGUUUGCCGGGACUGCUACACCGUGCUAGUUGGGGGGGCUGAUGGACCUGCGGCUGUGGAGAGAAAGCGGGGCAUACUGGAGAAAGAGGCCGGGGGGGUGUCAGACACCAGUCUCCUGUGCAGCUUCCUGACCAUGAUUGACAAGCAGGGCAAGAGCAGGGGCUGGUUCGUCAUUCCCAGGGACGAGCCCCUUGUCUUAUACAUGUACUUGGCACCACAGGACGUGAAAGCGCAGGUCACUAUUCCCUUGUUGGGCUACCAGGUGAAGCAGCUGUCAGGUGACAAAUGUACCUUCCAGCUCAGCCAAUCGAAGCUACUUCUGACUUUCCUGGCAGAAACCGAGGAACUCAGAGACAGAUGGGUAGAGGUGAUCAACAGGGUAGCAGUUGGGGAUAAUCUCGAGGAUGAGGACUGAACGGCUUUCUCUGUUUUGUUAGGAGAACCGGGUCCUGGAUAACGAUGCUUAGAUUUAAAAAAUAUGUAAUUUUUAAUAAUUAUUAUAAUAACUGAAUGGACACGUUUGUAGAACUGUGCUUGUGUGUGAGCUUCUAGACUUCAGUGGUACUAAGAUUGGUGUUGAUCUGUCCAAAUUUAUUAUUUAAAGUGUUUUUUUUCUUAAUAACUCAUAUUUUACUAUGAGUACACACAUGUUUUUUAUAAAUGGAUGCAACAUGGCAAGCUCACAAAAAAUGCACAUGGUGAAGCAGCAGAACAUUCCAGAAUCAUAAAUGUCUCGAUUUGGUAACCAUAUGCUUAAGGCAUCGCAUCGUGUUACAAAACAGAUCUUCUGAUUGAGGAGCCAGCAGCGGAUGGAUUUUAUUUGUUUCGUUAAUGAUUUAUGUACCUGAACAGCACUUGUCAUGUUUCUGUGUAUUGAUAUUCUCACCGAGACAUCAAUCGCUUCAGUUCACUCUCAGGCAAUAAAGGGCUAUAAUCCUUAAUACAAUGCAGUAUUUAUACCGUUAACCUAAUAAAGUAUGGGAAACAA